UUUUAGCACAGAUUAGUCUGUGAUUUUAGGUUCAAUUUUAAAAUAUAAAGGGUUAUCGAAAAAAAUGAAGAUUUAACAAAACAUAAUUUAUAAUUGUGAAUAAAAAUGGAUUUGUCUACAACAUCUACUUCGCCCAAUAGAAAUAUUUUUAAGGGUUCCAAUUCCAAAGUCUUGGAGAGAAGUUUACUUCUAAAACAGAAUAAACAUUCCUUGAAGAGAAGUAUAAUAUGGACAAGUGUGAAUUUAUGCAUUCUUCUUUUAGUUUUAUAUGAUUUAUCCCAAGCUUGUCCACUAACAAUUUCAUUUUACGAAUACGCAGAAUAUGGGAUAGUUAUUACUGCAGUAUUAAAUAUACUCUAUCACAUCACAAAGAUUCUCCUUAUUUCUCUACGAUUUGAACAAAUACCUGUUACAAUCCAACAAAAAAAAUUGUUAGGAAUCAGGGAUUAUGAUAGUAAUUACAAAAUUAUUACUCAAUCAAGUCCUGUUUGUAAUAAGAAGAUAGAACCAAAUUCAUCACAGAUAUCACCUUUUAAUAUAACCUUACCUCCUAGAUUCAACUCAACACCUUUAAAUAGCUCAAUGAAUAAUUGGUCCAGUUCUAAUGCUAAUGAAAGCGGAAAUUUCUCAUUAUCUUCAUCUUGGACCUAUAAAAGAGGAAGCCCUACAAGAACAACAAAUAACUUCUCAUUAUCACCUAAACAAGCUUCCUAUCGUAGUAUGAAAUUAUGUUCUGAAAAUUAUAAAACUGACCUUAUUACUGACCAAAAUUCUUUGGACGAAUUUCUUAAAGAACAGGAGAUGUUUGAAAAAAUAAAUAGAGUACAAAACCAAUCUUCACAGUCGAGUAAUCUCCUUAACUUUUGGAGACAUCCUAUUACCAAGAAUCCUAAAGACUCUUUAGUUCUCAGCAAAUGUAAAUAUCAACUCUCUCCAUUGUCACGAGAUAAGAAUAAGUCUGGUUCAAAACUGGAGGACAAUUUGCAAAUAUCUACAUCUGGAUUGGAGCCAUGGACGAAAAUUAAUGUGGAUAUUGUUGCCUUGACUCAAUGGAAUGAAAAUUUGAGGAAGUGGAUUUCGCAAACAAUUUUGGAGAGACUAGUGCACGAAAUAGAUACAGUCAAUAAAACUUUAGAAAAACAUGGAUUGAAUGAUAUUAAGAUUGGUGAAAUAGGAUUAGACCGUCUUAGAAAAACAGCCGACAUGGUUCCUGUAACUCAUUUGAUACCAUCAUUGAAGUCUCUGAUUGGUUUUAUGGAAUUAAGUCCAAACCAAGAAUAUCUUGUUAAAAGAAUACGACAAUUAGUAAAAGGUGGAUGUAUGAGUGAUUUCAGUUGGAAUUCUGGUGCCAGCUACAAUGGUAAACCUUGGAAUGAUUCUCUUCCUACUGAUUGUGCUAUCAUAAUGCACUUGCUGGCUACUUAUCUGGAUACUCAGCUGAUGCCCCUUCCCAGUGCACCUGAUAUAAAGCCAUUUAGUGGCUACCAUUACAUCAGAUGCAAUGAAAAGGUUCCCCAACUGAAUGAUUCUACAAUUUUCAUUCACCAAGUGUCUGAAAAACCACCACAUUACAGAAUAAUCGUAGGGGAUAGAGUAUAUGAAAUGGGAAAGGGUUACAACAACAUGUUCCAUAGCAUUCUUUUCUUUUUAUAUCACAUCAAUAAAAUGGGUCAAGGAAUGAUAGGAAGAGUUAACUUGGGAAGAGCAGGCGUGAAUAUGCUAUGGAUCAUUGAUCAGUGAUAAGAGAAAUUUUCGUUAUAUUUUAACUGACAUAUUAUUCUCAGAUUUAGUAUUAUUUCCUUUUUUAUAUCCAAUUUUGAGAAAUGAUAUUGGUCGGUCUUGUUGAACGACUACUUAUAUUGAUUGAAUUGCAUAUUGAUUUUUAGGUAUCGUGGUAAGUAUCAUUGAAACUUCCAUUUAAAUAUUGAUCCUAUCUUAUUUAUGGCAAAAAUUUGUAAUAAAGUGAUCUCAAAUUCAA